AUGUCAUAUUUCUCAAGAAAAGAACAAAGUCUCUUAUUUAAACACUUCUCAAAAAUCUUCCCAAAUACAUUGAUAACUGAAAUAGGAAUUACUGAGGAUUUGAAACAGAGAUUGAUAAUAUUACAAACUAUUUGUUGUAACUCUAUGUUAUCCACUGGAGUUAGAAAUAUAGAGUGAGCAAUGUUGACGACAUGAGGAUCUGAUGUAUCAAGAAUUGAGUAUUGAUCAAUUUGACUUGUUAUUUUGCUCACCUACGAUUACGAUGUAAGUCAAUAGAACGGCUGCGUUGUCCAUCCGGAAGCUGCAAUUUUACCUGUAAAAAUAAUAUAGACACGCACGUGUUUGUGGUUAAUUCAAAUA